AUGCGCUUUACCCAAGCAUCUGCGAGGUACGGCAUACCUAAGGGAACGCUGUACGAUAACAUAUUAGGGAAAUCGAAACGCAUGGCCGUUCUGGAGGAAGCAGGUUUGACGCUGGCGGAAGAGGCGGCAGUUUUGGAAUUCUGUUGUGACGUCUCCGUCUCUCCCUACAACAGGCGCACGAAAAAAUCGCUUAACGCCGUGCUCAACUUUGUGGAGAAGCUGAGACGCACUCGGGACCCAGAAUUCAUGUUCACUGGACUGUCUGGCUUCCGCUGGUGGUGGGCCUUUUGUAAGAAGCACAGUAUAGUGUCUCUUUAUUACGAGAAUAACGGUAUUCCAAACUCAAAUGUUAGUCCGCAGAAAUACUGA